AUGUCUUGCUACGAUUUGUGCCCCACCAGCAGCAACAUUGCCUGCCCCCAGCCCAUCGCCAACAGUUGCAACGAGCCCUGUGUCCGCCAGUGCCCUGACUCCACUGCUGUGAUCCAGCCACCCCCUGUUGUUGUCACCUUCCCUGGCCCCAUCCUCAGCUCCUUCCCCCAGCAAGCCGUGGUGGGGUCCUCUGGAGCACCCACCUUUCGGGGGUCCUCAGGGCUGGGAGGCCUUUAUGGUGCUGGAAGCCUUUAUGGGGGCUCUCUUGGAUAUGGAACCCAGUAUGGAUAUGGAAGUUCUGCCCUCUCCACAGUCAGCAGCGGCUUCUGCAGCCCGUUCUCCUCCCGCCAGUACAGCCGCUUCCUCCGCAACAGCUGUGGGCCCUGCUAA